GCGAGCGAGGCCGUCGCCUCCGCGUCGACCGGACGGGGGUCGCCAUAGCAACCAAACGGCCUGCCUAGCGGGACUGCAGCCCUUGACGGCGCUCGAAAGGGCUUUUGCUUUUGGGGGGGAAGGGGGACUUUGCUUUGCGAGAGCCGCCAUGCCCGUCCCGGACGUCAUGUUCUGCGCGCAGCAGAUCCACGUCCCUCCCGAACUGCCCAACAUCAUGAAGCAGUUCACCAAGGCGGCCAUCCGGACCCAGCCCCGCGACGUCCUGCAGUGGUCGUACGGCUACUUCUCCGCUUUGGCCAACGGCGAGCCCCUGCCGGUGAAGGAGCGCGUGGAGAUGCCGGUGGCCACGCAGAAGAACGACAGCGGCCUCACCCCGGGCCUGCUGAAGGUCCUGCACAAGCAGCUGGCCAAAAAGGAGACGGUGGAACUGCGAGAGCUGCAGAUCAAGUGGAAGAACCUGUGCAUGCCGGUGGAGCAGCUGCACGACCUCUUGAGGCUGGACGACUUCGCGGAGGGGGUGCCCUGGAUGAAGUUCUUCGCCCUGGGCUGCAGCGCCCUCGGGGGCUCUCUGAUCACCUCCAUGAAGCACGCCUGCGAGAUCCUCACCGAGGAUCCCGAGGGCGGAGCGGCGCGCAUCCCUUACGAUACCUUCGCCUUCCUCUACUCUUACCUGGCCGGCUUGGAUGAAGGGAUGGCGCCGGCAGAAGUGGAGUCUUACCUGGCCGCUCUGAAGGAGCAGGUGGCCCGCAAGGAGUACAUGGUCGGGGUGGCCGAUUUCUCUGUGAAAAGGGUGGAAUGAAAAGAAGGAAGCGGAGCAGGGUAGAUUUGGUUAUGUAGGGAGUAGGGAAGCAGCUGUAUGUGCCGCCGCAAAGGAGAUGUUAUUUAAUUAAAACAAAGAAGAGAUGUUGA